AUGAGGCAGCCGACGCCGAGGAAACGCGACAAGCAGCGCUGCAAGAGAGCCACUCGGGGCAUGCUCGUGGUUCUGGCCCUCGCUUCCCAGCUACCGGCCACCAGUGCUAUCGUGUUCCCCAGCCAUCACGCGAACUACAAGACCGAUUACCUCCAGCUCAACAAGCGGUAUAACCCUGCUCGACGAGGACCGCCCGAGGACUGGAAUGGGAGGAUACCGUUGAAGAUCACCAACUCCUGUCCCGAGACGGUCUGGCCCGGCAUCACGACGCAGCAUGGCGUCGGCCCCGGCACCGGAGGCUUCGAGCUCGCCUCGGGUGAAAGCCGAGAUAUGUGGGUUGGGCCGACAUGGCAGGGUCGUGCAUGGGGGAGAACCAACUGCACCGUCAAUGGAGAAUCGGCUGGCUGCACGACGGGUGACUGCUUUGGAAAGCUUGACUGCGAAUUCAGUGGCGCCGUCCCCGCGACCCUUGCCGAGUUCAACCUUGCCGGGGGCGUCUCCGGGAGGCAGACGUUCUACGACAUCUCUCUCGUCGACGGCUACAACAUCCCCGUCGGCAUCAACUACAUCCCCGCCAAGAACACCUCGUACAUCCCCCCCAAUCUGACAAACUGCGCAUGCAUCGCCACGACGGGCUUCAUGGCACAGCGCUCGGCAAGCGGUGCCGUCUACACCAACAGCACAUAUCCUGUCCCUUGGGAACCAAAUGAAUCCAACGACAGUGUCCGAGACUGGUGCCCCUGGCCCUUGCUAUCCAACCCGCCUGACAAGCCCGGUGACGGAGUCUACCCCUACCCUGAUGACAACAUUCGUCGUCCCACCUUCAGCCCGUGCAAGAGCCAAUGCGCGGCCACGAACUCGGAUCACGACUGCUGUAUAGGCAAAUGGCACGACCCCGACAAAUGCAAGCCGGGCUUGUACUCCAGGCACGCCAAGGCUAUGUGUCCUGACGCUUAUAGCUUUGCCUUUGACGACCAGACCUCGACAUUCAUCAUCCCCUCAGGCGGCGGCUGGGAGGUCGUCUUUUGUCCCGCCGGUAGGAGCACUAAUAUCCUCCGCACCCUGGGACCUCAACUGUUCGAGAUCGCGAGUGCUGGAUUUCUGAGCCAGAAAAACCUGGAGCUGGUCAAGAACCGUUCCUAUAUAGAGUCUGAGAGCGACAAGAACGCUGCCCCAGGCCUCGCUGUCUCGUCUUAUUGGGUCAUCUGCGCGGCUACCGCUGUUGUACUGUUGGUGGGGUGGUAA